GGCUUAUCAUGAGGCGUGAAUAAGAUAUUGGAUAUUGAAAACAUCAGUUUCACCGUAGAAACGAUAUCGUUUCAAUUUUAAAAUGUCUGUCCUGAAGUCGUAUAAUUCGAGAGUUUUAUUAGGUAAUUGGUGGGAGGAAAGAAUACUAGAGAAAGAGAAAAAUUCUGAGCUUUUUUCUAGAAAUGAGGAUCAGCUAUCUACCACACAAUUUCUCAAGUUACUCAUUGAAAGUAUCCCUACUAUGAUUGAAUGCUCACCCCUUGCUCCAGAUAUGCAUUUACGUUCUGGUUACAAUGUUCAAAUACUGAAUCCAGGACCAUCUCCGUUUUACUUGAAGAGUGGACUCGCCGCUCCGCGAGCGCUUUAUGCUCUUGGUCUUUCGAUAAAAGAAAUGUUCAAUUUUUCUUUGAUGAUUUCGAACUCUGGUGACAAUUUGUUCAGGACUUUAGAAAAAGAUGGCUUACUUUGUAUUACUGCAUCGAACAAUGUACAGCCGUCCGCGAGAAAUAUUUUCCAAAUAUGCUGUUUACGUGAGAAUCAAUUUGGUAAAGUCAUUCGUUAUGGUGAACCUAUCUUGCUUAGAAUUCGACCAGAUAUCAUUUCAUCAAGGUGUAAUUCUGAAUUGCAGAAAAAAUUCGAUACGGAUCAAUAUUUCUAUUUGGCCAGUGAUUUGCGACAUCUUGGUGAUAAAGAUUUGCUACCAGAUGCACAACGUCUAUACUUUGAAAUCGGGAGGCCAUCAUUUUUAUCUCAAUGGCGUUUAGAAUAUGAAGAUCCACAUCUACGUAAAGAGUUUGAAGGUAGACCAGUGAAUUCUGAUCAGAGGUUGCUCAUCAAACAUGUUCGAAGCAAUAAAGCAAUAGCCUUGGAACCCAAUUUUAUUGUUCACACUCUCUUUGGACACGAAGUCAAUCUAACUGUGCGUACAUAUUAUGAUUCUCAUAAACUGGAGCGUGAUGUCAACUUUUGGAUGUUAUCAUCAUCUAAACAGCAUGAUUUAUCAUCUAUUUUAAAUGAACAAGAACCACAUAAAGUUCUCGAAAACACUUCCUUGGAAGGUGAUUGCGCAGCAGGAUCAAAUCUUUGUGGUGAAAAACAAGUUUAUUUUGAUCAGAAUACCAAUGCAGCCAACACAUGAAUAAUAACUGAGUGACCUCAUGAUAUUUUAUGGGUAUUUGGUUGACUACUUAAAGGUUUUUAAAAGUAGUUAAACUGUUACAAAUAAUUAUUCAGUAGAACAUUUUUUGAUUCAUCAAUCUAUUUUAUCUGAAGCAUAAAAUACAUUUCUAAUUCACAGGCAUCAAA